AUGACUCAAAUGACCGGCGGUCAAGCCUUGAUGAAGUCCCUCUAUUUGGAGGGGGUACGGGUAAUCUUCGGCCUGCCCGGAGUCCAGUUGUACCACGCCAUGGACGCACUGUACGACGAACCCGGCAUCCGGUUCAUCACCACCAGGCACGAGCAGGCAACCACCUACAUGGCCGACGGUUAUUCCCGAGCCGGCGGCGGCAUCGGCACGGCGCUGAUGGUGCCUGGGCCGGGACUGCUGAACGCGGCUUCCGGCAUCAGCACCGCCUACUCCGCAUCCUCCCCGAUACUGGUGGUGUCUGGGCAGGUGGAGCGCGACAUGAUAGGCGUGGACCGUGGAGUGCUGCACGAGGUCAACGACCAGCAGGACUGCAUCCGCCCCAUUACCAAGUGGGCCGAGCGCAUUUUGGACCCGGCCAAGGUGCCCGACGUGGUGCACGAGGCUUUUUACCAUCUGAAGACCGGGCGGCCCAGGCCGGUCGAGAUAGAAAUCCCGCCGGAAACCUUGGCCGACAUGGCCGACGUAGAGUUGCGGGAACCGGAGGAAUACCCUCAGCCGGGAGCGGACAGCCGGCAAAUCGCCGAAGCCGCCAAAGUCCUGAAGGAAGCCGAGUCACCGAUGAUCCUCGUCGGGGGCGGUGUAAUCUCCUCCGGGGCGUCCCGGGAACUCAUCAGGGUCGCAGAAUUCCUGCAAGCCCCGGUGUUGGCGACUGCCGAGGGGAGAGGCGCUAUUUCCGACCAUCAUCCCCUGUCCUUGGGCGCAAUGAGGCUGCGCAACGACCCCUUCGGGCAGGACGACUACGGCCACGACGUGAUUCUGGCCGUGGGCACCAGGAUACAGAACCCCCAGUUCAUCAACGGGCAGCGCGUAGUGCAGAUCGACAUCGACCCCGAAGAACUGGGCCGCAACUACGACGACACCCUGGGCAUCCAGGGCGACGCCCGGGUGACUCUGGCCGGGCUAUACGACGCCCUGUCCUCUACCAUGUCUGCCAAGCCCAGCCGCCAAGCGGAGAUCGACAGGCUCAAGGUGACACGUACCCAAACAGAGCCCAGGGUAGAGCCACAGGACUCGUACCUCGAUGCGGUCCGCAACGCCAUGCCUGAAGACGGCAUCCUCAUCGCGGGCAUGACUCAGAUGGGCUACUACAGCCGCGCUUACUAUCCGGUUUACGAACCCCGCACCUUCAUUACAUCGUCCUAUUCCGGUAAUCUUGGCUACGCGUACCCUGUUGCCUUGGGCGCCAAGGUAGCCCAGCCGGACAAGGCGGUGGUGGCCUUGUCCGGCGACGGCGGGUUCUUGUUCAAUUCUCAGGAGAUGGCUACGGCGGUCCAACACGGAAUCAACGUGGUCGUCGUGGUGUUCAACGACAACGCCUACGGCAACGUCCUGCGAGACCAAGUCACCCGGUUUGAUGGCCGCUCCAUAGGUGCGGAGCUUCACAACCCGGACUUUAUCAAGCUGGCCGAAGCUUACGGCGUCAAGGGUAUGAGGGCCAAUGACUCGAAGGAGUUGGAGUCCAAGCUACGUGAAGCCCUGGAGCUGGACGCCCCGGUUUUGAUAGAGGUGCCCGUCGGGAUGAUGCCCACUCCGUUUACUUAA